AUGUCCACCACAGCAACUAUCACUCAAUCGCCGGACGCGGCUACUAAGUUGGUUAGACUCAGCCUUGGUGGCCCUAAUGCCAUGCGUCUGGAUGGCUUGGACCCGAAAUGGGGAGACUUCAGAGACGACCUCGCCCGGGAUGGGUUUGCCGUUGUGAAAGGUGCCGUGCCACGCGAGAGGGCUUUCAAAUACGCAGAUGACAUGUACUCAUAUUUGGAGGGAUUUCAGCUUGGCUACAAGCGUGACGAUCCUUCAACUGUCUCCAAGGCUACACUUCCUGUCAUCAACGAGAAGGGCAUGUGCAUGCAUUACUGUGUGGGACAUGAGGGUUUUGUGUGGAAUGUUCGGAGUGAACCAGGUGUCAUCGAUGCCUUUGAGAAGGUCUACCAUGACAAAGACCUGAUCGUCUCAUUCGAUGCGGCGAAUUUCGCUCUUCCUAACCGCACCGAUAUGCCCGCAAACAAGCCCUGGCCCCAUCAAGACCAGGACCCCAAAAAAUCUGGGUUCCGUUGCCUGCAGGGCUUAGUCAACCUCCUCCCAAAUGGACCUAACGAUGGCGGCUUGAUUGUCUGUAAGGGUGCUCAUCUUCUUUCAGAUGACUUCCACCGAGACUUCGUUGAUGAACCCCGUAUUCCGGCAUGGACUACUGAAUGGUUCGGAUAUACCGAGGCAGGUAUGAAGUGGCUUGCAGACCAUGGCUGCAAAUGGGUCAAAGUUGAUGCCGAACCUGGUGACUUGAUCCUAUGGGAUUCUCGCGCCCCUCACUACAACCUGAGUCCAACUAGCGACCAGGCUCGGUUCUGCAUCUACACCUGCUAUAUGCCUGUAUCAUCUGCCACAAAGGAAGAUCUCGAGAGAAAGAAGAAUGCAUUCAACACCUGGCGGUUAACCAGCCACUGGCCCAAUGCCAAGGACUUUGCUCCUCUGAUCGCCAAGCGUGAUGGUGAAGAUUGCCCCCGCAACCGCUCAGAGCCUGUUAAUAAGCCAGUUCUCAAUGAGCGUGCUUUCAAGUUGACCGGCAUCCCUUAUAUCAAGGUGUAG